UUGGGACUUUUUUCCUCCCUUUCCCUUAAACGUCAAGUGUAAUUCAUACCAAGGGUUUCGUCUCUGAGCUCUCCCUGUCUUGAAGGUGGAGCAGAUAUGAGAAGAAACGGACUACCAGCCCAUCCAGCAGAAAACCCUCUGAGAUGAAGUAACUUUUAGACGGUUCUUGCUUAAAUAACAAUCAUCUGUUUGCGGAUUGAACACCUCCAUCAAUCGAAUGAUAGCAGGGGUCUCUCUGCAAUGGGCCCGGUACCCUUAACACUCCUGCUUUGCGUCUCAGCACUGGCUGUGCUGGUGUCUGCAGUGGUGGACGAUCCCACAGGUGAUGAUGACUACACCUGGCCGCAGAGGAAAGUACCACUGGUACAAGAAAAGCAAACGGUGCACCUGGGAAGUUCUGAGUUUUUGGCCAAGCCGCAGACUGAGCUCCAUGGAAUAUGUGGCAUUGAGUGCCAGCGGGGUCUCCCGGAGCCCAGCCUGGGUGAUCUGGAGCAGCUACUGUCCUACGAGACCAUGUACGAAAAUGGAACCCGCACGCUCACCACCGUCACAAUACAGGAGCUAAAUGUGAGCAACGACUGGAUGGGAGGUUCUGGGUUACAUACUCGGCGCAGACGAGAAGUCUACGGCACGGACACGAGGUUUACCAUCGCCGACAAGCAGUACUCUUUGAAGUAUCCAUUCUCCACGUCUGUGAAGAUCUCCACGGGGUGUUCUGGAGUGCUGGUGUCCCCCAAACACGUCCUGACUGCGGCUCAUUGCAUCCACAAUGGUACAGACUACCUGGAUGGGGUACAGAAACUUAGCGUUGGUGUGCUGAAAGAACGUUCCCGCCGGAAAGGGAAGGGACGGAAAGGGAAAGGACGGAAAGGGAAAGGCCAGAGGAACCGUAAGGAAGAGGAGGAGGAUGAGGAAAUCAAUGAAAAUAUAGAUAUUGGAGAAAAGCAGGAGCGUAAGGGAAAAGGCAAAGGCAGGAGAAACCGCAGUCGCCGCAGCACCACCUCCGAACAGCCUUCGUUCCGAUGGACCCGGGUGAAACAGAUGCAGGUGCCAAAGGGUUGGUUUAAAGGGAUCUCGGAGAACGUUGUGGCCGAUUAUGACUACGCCAUCCUGGAGCUUAAACGGGCACAGAAGACCAAGUAUAUGGAUCUAGGUGUUAUCCCCUCCGUCAAGAAGCUUCCCACAGGACGUAUCCAUUUCUCUGGAUUCGACGACGACCGGCCAGGCAACCUGGUGUACCGCUUCUGCUCCGUGUCCGAGGAGUCCAACGACCUGCUGUACCAGUAUUGUGACGCCAAGCCUGGCUCCAGUGGCUCGGGUGUCUACAUUCGGCUCAAAGAUCCCGGCAAGAAGAAGUGGAGGCGGAAGAUCAUUGGAGUGUUUUCGGGUCACCAGUGGGUGGAUGUUAAUGGGAUGCAGCAGGAUUACAACGUGGCCGUGCGAAUCACACCCCCCAAGUAUGCACAAAUCUGCCUCUGGGUCCAUGGGGACUCCAGCCAGUGUCGGGGCACCUGAGAGACUCCAUCAGCGGCCCAUCUGACUGCCUCUGUCCCGGCUCUCAGCGACCCUUGUGCCUCCCAUUUGUGCACCACACAAACUGCUGCAUUCAUCAACACUUAAGACUAAAACACACCUGCCAUUGAACUUUUCCAAGCUAUUUUGCUACCUUAAUUUAUUUUAUUAGACAACUUUUGUUAUGAAUCAGUUAGAGCGAAUGUAUUUCUAGAUUCAGUUGUCCUAACGAGAACUAAUUCUGUCCUAAACUGUCGUUUUGAAUUAGAAAAUGUACUUCAGUCAGUGUUGUUUGAUAUGGGAGGCAUUUGUUUUGUCUGGUAAUCUGUCUGGAUACCUUGAAGUAGAAAGCUAGAUGACUAGUUGACACAAGAAAAAAAAAAGUUUUUUUUUUCUGAGAGAAAAUGCUUUGAAGUUUAUUUGUGGAUUUUAUUUCCCUUUUUCUUCUUGAAGAACACAUUUGAGUAUCAAUGUGCUGGUGUUCUUUGAAACCCUUUGUUCUUGUUAUCAUCAUUAAAUGUUAUGAUUGUGUGCCUUUGAUAAUAUAAACUGUAACCUGUCUUCAUGGGCUUCCAUUUACAAAAGUUCUGCUUUUUGUAUCACAGUGCAAGCAAUUAGUUGGAGGUUUACCCUUCAGAUUCAGAUGCCCUUGUUGACUUUUGGUGCUAUUUUUAAUUUUAAAAUACAAAAAAUCAGAGGACCUGUCGGAGUAACAGUCUACUGUAGAACUGUAAGUAUGUAUUUAAUGUAAGACUCGUAUUACGAGUUUCAUAUGAUCAUGUCGUUCUUUAAAAAAUACACAGGGUUAUUUAAAUUUAGAUACGGUUAAUGAUACAUAUCACUGUAAUUAUGAUAAAUAGAAAAGCAAUAUAGCUUGAUAGGAAAUAAAAACUGAACAUUUUAAUAUAAAAUUGAUGUUUUGAAAAAACAGAUCACAUACGUUUUCAAUUUGUACAACUUUUUCUAAAUGUUUGUUAUUAAGGACCAAAUAAACUGAGAUUUAUAUGUAUUGGUCUUUGAGGACAAAAUAGUGUGUUCACUUUUUCAUCAAACUUUGUUUAAACGUUUUUAAGUGUGCUUUUAAUUUUGAAUUUCCACUCUUGAUUCUUUAUCUCUCUAUUAUAUAGAUAAUUAUUAUUAUAUUGAAAAUAUAGGCUAUAAGAAUACAUGUUGUUGUUGUUGUUUUUUUUACCAGAAACAUGUACCUUAAACUUUGCAGCUUAAAAAUGACUGAAUAAUGUUACGGUCUCUUUUUUUAUCAAGUGUUGAUACAGAGCUAUCCUUCUGAAAACAGACACAGGGGGACGCAGGUGGGCAAUUCUUCCCAUCAGUGUUUAUUGCAUCUUAGAGGGCUUACAUGCACUAUGUAGGGGUGUCAAAUAUGAAACAAUAAAUCAAUUUUUUUUUCUUUCAAGAAAAUUGCAAAAGAGAGAUCCAAAGAUCUGCCUUUGUCAUUUCCACGAGCUCUAACAGGGAGAGUGAGUUACAGAGGCUUGGCAACAUAGGGCUGUCAGUCAGACCUUUCUGUAACACUGUUUAACAGUGACCUCCUGAAAAAAAAAUUGUACAGAUCUAAGAGUCUAUCUCUGCUAAUGAACCUACGCUCUGUUUUCUAUGAACUCAGGUAUUUUCAUCCAAUAUAUCUCCUCCACACUCUAUUUUGCUGUGCAAACUACAGUACCACCACUUACCAACAGAGGGAGCAUGAAUCAACCGUUACGUGUAACAAACAAGGGUCAGGGGGUUUAUAAUGUAGUAUGAGCGGGAAAGACUGAAAACCAAACAUGUGGAUGGGUUCUUCUACAAUUAUACAAAAUAACACUACAUGUACCAGCUUCAAUUUGGAUUUUAUACAAGCACAAGUAACUAUGAGACUCAAACACAGCAUUCCACUGACUACAACUGUGGGGGGCUUUGGGAAACAUAACCAGUUUAACAAGUCGCUGUACAUUUGUUAUGUCAAGAUACUGCAAAAGGCCUUUCUUAGAGAUCAUCUGAGAUUUGUAGCACUGAGAUUUGGUGAAUUAAAGUACAAAUUUGUUAUUUUCUUGGGGAAAGUAUGUAAACUGUGAACUGACAAUUAAAUUAAAUUAAAA